AUGGUCUCCGAGAAGCCUGGAAUCUCAAAGGACCGGAUAUGGAUCGACGGUUGCUUUGACUUUGCUCACCAUGGCCAUGCCGGCGCAAUGCUGCAAGCCCGCCAACUGGGCAACUCGCUCUACGUCGGCGUCCACUCCGACGAGGAAAUCCUCGAAAACAAAGGCCCUGUCGUCAUGACCCUUCCCGAGCGCGUUCUCGCCGUCGAAGCCUGCAAAUGGGCCACAAAAGCCGUGCCCGGCGCGCCUUACGUCACAGACCCUGCAGUUAUGGAUGAGUGGGGUUGUUUCUACGUCGUCCAUGGCGACGAUAUCACGACCGACGCUAAUGGCGAGGACUGCUACCGCGUGGUCAAAGAGGCAGGGCGGUUUCUGAUCGUCAAGCGGACGCCAAAUAUCUCGACGACAGACCUCGUCGGCCGCAUGCUGCUAUGUACCAAGAACCACCAUAUCCAGACCGUCAAAGAUGCAAGCAAAGAAGCAGGGCUCAUCACACGGCAAAACCUCGACAAAUUCAACACAUACGCCACCAGCGAAGACGGUCGCAGUGCACGCGACGGCGUCUACAUCUACGCCGGCGACAGCCUGCCUGCGACGCUGAUCAAGCCGGACGAGGGGUUCAUGAAGAAGCAGCGCAAGAUGAUUUACGUCGAUGGCGGAUUCGACCUCUUCUUUGCCGGACACAUCGAGUUCUUACGUCUGGUGUCUGAGGCGUCGAAAUCGAUCGCCAACGAUCUCGGCGAGGAAGUCGGUAUAGUCGUCGGCAUCCACGACGACGCCACGGUCAACAAGUUCAAGGGCCUCAACUACCCGAUCAUGAACCUCUUUGAGCGCGCGCUCUGCGUCCUGCAGUGCAAAUACGUCUCGCACAUCGUGCUUCAGGCACCUUACUCGCCGUCAAAGCAAUUCAUCGAGUCUCUACCCUGGGACAUCAUCCGCGUCAUGCACGGCCCGACCGACUUCACCGCGUCGGCAAUGACGGAUCCAUACUCUGAAGCCAAGGCUCUCGGGCUUUACCUGGAGAUUGCGAAUCACCAGUACAGCUCGAUCUCGACCGAGACGAUUGUCGAGCGUGUUACCCGGAACCGCGGUGUUUACGAGGAGCGGCAGCGGCGGAAGGGAUGGAAAGCAGAGGUUGAGAGCAAGCUGCUGCAGGCGGAGAGUCAAUAG